GAGAGAGAGAGAGUAGAAAGUGCACAGAAGACCCUAUUGUUUGGCGCGCUAGCUCCUGUUUCAUUUAUAUAUAUAUAUAAACACUUGACAACAAAGCUUUAGAGCUUUCUUUCUUCUUAUCACCAAGUUCUCAUUUGCUGGCUAGCUCAUCUUCCUCACCUCUCACUUUCAUUGAAAACUGUACUGUGAGAGAGGUGAUCUAAAUCUGGACUGGUUUGCAUGGCUGCCAGUGAUCAGAAAGCUGGAAAGACUGGCCAUUCACACCGCCGCCUCCACCACCACCACCACCAUAACAUGCCUUAUGCUCUUUUUCACGGCGGCCCAAAUCCGGCCACUACAAGCUUCAUGUUCCACUCCACACCCAAUGGUCAAGAAGGAUCAUCAGCUUUUGAUUUUGGGGAGCUGGAAGAAGCUAUUGUUCUGCAAGGAGUAAAGAUCAACAAAAAUGAUGAAGUUAAAGAUUCUUUAUAUGCAGAUAGACCUGCACCUACUCUGGAAAUGUUCCCAUCUUGGCCUACUAGAUUCCAUCCCACCCCUCCUAGGGGAGGGAGUUCAACAAGAUCAGGAGGAGAAGACAGUGGUGAUUCAGGGUUUGCAAACAGAGCAGAGGGACCAGAAUCCUCCAUUAGCACAAAGGCUUCAGACCAACACUCCUUUGACCAAAGACAACCUCAGUUUCUACAAACAGAGAUGGCAACAAGUGACUCCCCUGUCCCUGCUGGAAAUGCCUCACAAGCUGAUCAACCACCUCCUAAACACCCCACUCAAGAUAAGAGAAAGGGUGCUGCUUCAUCCUCUGAUAGAAAUCUUGAUGCUAAGACACUGAGGCGUUUAGCUCAGAAUAGAGAAGCUGCAAGAAAAAGCAGGCUAAGGAAAAAGGCCUAUGUACAGCAACUAGAAACCAGUAGGAUACGGCUUGCUCAGCUAGAACAGGAGCUUCAAAGAGCACGGUCCCAGGGAAUUCUCGUGGGAGGUGGUGCGGGGGCUAGUGCCGGCAUCAGCUCUGCAGGGGCUGCAAUUUUUGACAUGGAAUAUGCAAGAUGGUUAGAGGAUGAUGAUAGGCACAUGUCUGAACUUAGAACAGCACUGCAGGCCCAUUUAUCAGAUGAUGAUCUGAGGGUGAUUAUUGAUGGGUACAUUGCCCACUACGACAAGAUUUUCCGGCUCAAAGGGGUGGCCGCAAGGACUGAUGUUUUCCAUCUUAUCACCGGAAUGUGGAUGACUCAGGCGGAGCGUUGUUUUCUUUGGAUGGGUGGUUUUAGGCCAUCCGACCUAAUCAAGAUGCUGUGUGGGCAGUUAGAUCCGUUGACAGAACAGCAAGUUAUGGGGAUAUACAGCCUUCAACAUUCUACCCAGCAAGCAGAGGAGGCUCUUACCCAGGGUUUGGAUCAACUGCAACACUCUUUAGUUGAGACCAUUGCUACUGCCUCACUCAAUCAUGGCAUGCAUCAUAUGGCCAUUGCUUUGGGCAAGCUCUCAAAUCUUGAAGGCUUCAUUCGCCAGGCUGAUAACUUAAGACAACAAACCCUUCAUCAGUUGUGCCGGAUACUGACGGUUAGACAAGCGGUGAGGUGUUUCUUGGUGAUUGGAGAGUAUUAUGGCCGGCUUCGGGCUCUCAGCUCCCUUUGGAUAUCUCGUCCACGAGAGACAACGUUGGUGGUUGACAAUAAUGGCGCUUGCCAAGCAACUAUGGAGCUACAAAUGGUGCAAAACUCUCAUCAGAACCAAUUCGCAAACUUCUGAUCUGAUAUGAUGAUCAUUGUAAAACCAGCUGAUCUGAUCUGAUAGGUAAACCUUAAAAUCAUCAAAUUAUCAAAUCAAAUCCCAUGGCUUCCCGCUGUGCAUUGGUCGCGUACUUUAUUAGGUGAAAUUAAUAUAGGAAUUUCUUUUGAUUCUCGACCUCUUAGUAGCUAGUCAUUUCACCAUCUUGUACAUAUGAACCAAUUUUAUGUGCACGAGGAAGCUAUGUAAAACUAAAAAGCUGAGACCGAAGCAAUGUAAAAUGCAAGAUAUUAUUAAUAUAUUA